AUGAACACACUUGCUCCAGUCCAUCUGCAGGAGUGCAGCGUCUGCUACUUGGAACGGGCGGACAGGGUUUUCCUUCAGGCUUCUUGUAGGCAUAACGCAAUCUGCGUGGAGUGCUUCCGGGAUUGGAUUAACUACUCACAGCACAAGGACUGUCCCACGUGCCGUAUGAAGUGGUCCACCGGGGAGGUCGUUGCAGCAUCUCUUACUGGAGCAAUGCUUAGAACACGAGCCCAGUACCGAACCUAUGUCAACUUCGAUGAUCUUCCACGAGCCGUGAAGGUCGACAUCUCUGCUGCCGUCAAGCUGCCCAGCGUGUUCCAGGUCGAGGGUGUAGACAUGGAUCGACGCGAAUUCAGUAUUAAUCUUUCGCAUUUGUUGAAUCAAGUACGCGAAUUCGACGAAGAGGGAUCAUGGAUCAUUCCAGCAGAGCAGCGAAACCUUUUCUUCGAGCCGAUGUACCGCCAGAACGUAUUCUCGUUCCCUACACCCUUCACUGCGGCAUCUUUACGCCAGCUUAACAAUAGGAGCUAUGACUGGAUCGAGGAGAUCGCUGUCACCAGUUUCGUCAGCGAGGGUGUGGAAGACGCCGCGGCCUUCCACAUUCUGUGCAACAUUCUGUCCGAAAGGAAGCCUGCAUCGCUACGGCGUGUUCGAAUUACCGCCGGCUGUAUAACCGAGUACCUCCUCAAGCACUACGACUGCGACGAGGGUGAUUUCUUCGAGACAUUCCCUGAUCUUGUAGAAAAAAUCGUACCCUGCGCCGUCCGCCUCAUCAUGGCCAUCAAGAACAACGGAUGGGACAUCGAGAUCGAGCUGGAGACCAAUCUGGUCAUGGUCAAGUGGUUCUGCCAUCAUCAUGGGGACGAUGGCUGCAAUCUCUCGCACGAAUGGUCGACCCAGACAACGCGGAACUACAUGCAGCUCUGGUUCAGGCAUCGGUAUGAAGAGGUGGAGAGGCUCCUGGAAGGCUAUGAUAUAGACGUCCUUGGCCUUGAUGCUAUUCAGCAUAUCAUUGGGUAUAAAUCUGCGGACGAGGAUGUAGUUGGAGAAGUGACGGUGUCGGCGACGAGCCGCCUGGGGAAGACCAUUUGGCAACAACGCCUUGAGUCAACGUUUAUCUAG